CUUCCGGCCAGAUGUAGGCAGUCGGUGGUCCUACUCCAGUGCAUGACCUUAAUGUACCCUAUGAAGGCACUGAGGAGUACGAGACUCCCACGGAUGAGAUGAUAUUCACUCAUACACCACUACCAGCACAAACCCCUUUGCCAGGAAAUGUGCACACACCUUUGCCUGGAACCGCAGACAACUCCUCCAUGUAUAACAUUCACACGGGAAAUAUCAGUGAAUAGCCUACUCCUAUAAGUGACGCUAGUGGUAGUACUGGAA